UUUUACACGAGAAUUUUCCUGACUCCACUAAGCUCCGCCUCAUUUUGUAGCUUCCGGAGCAGAGAUGCUUUGUUCAGAAUUCACCAUUGUGUCUGGAAGCUGCUGUAGUGCGUGAUUUCGUUUGAACAUUUCCUCAGAUACUAUGCUGUCGGGAUUUUAUGAUUUUGUCAAAUUCAGAAGAUUUAGAGACAAUGGCAUCCAAAGGACAAUCAAGAUUUCGGGGUUGGAUUUCUGUGUACUUUCUGUGUUGGCUUUGGAAUAUAGCGGGCGGACAGCUGGUGUAUUCAGUGUCGGAGGAAGCUAACACAGGCACUACAGUUGGGAAUUUGGUGAAGGAUUUUAAUCUGAAUAUUCAGGACCUUGAGGUUCGAGGGUUUCAUAUUGUUCCGGGACCGAACAAGAGGUAUUUCGAUGUUAAUACUGAAACUGGAAUUCUCCAUGUCAGAGAGAGAGUUGAUCGAGAAGAGAUUUGCGAGCAGAAUAUUAAAUGUUCUCUGCCUUUAGAAGCCAUGAUUAGCUCACCAUUGAAUAUUUACCGAUUUGAAAUAAAUGUUGUUGAUAUUAAUGACAAUGCACCAGUAUUUCGGACAUCAAUAACAAAUUUGAAUGUCAGUGAAUCAGCUUUUCCAGGGGAGAGGUUUCCGUUAAACAGAGCAUUUGAUGCUGAUGUUGGAGUUCAUUCGGUAAAGAACUACAAACUGAGUCCGAAUGAGCAUUUUUCUCUGGAUGUUCAGAGCGUAGGAGAGCGGAGUUUGUCGGCUGAAUUGGUGCUACAGAAAGCAUUAGAUCGAGAGAAAGAGCCUGUUAUCCAAUUCACACUGACCGCUAUAUUCAAAUUAAUUUGUCUUCCGGAGCAGAGAGGCUUUGUUCAGAAUUCACCAUUGUGUCUGGAAGCUGCUGUAGUGCGUGAUUUCGUUUGA